CCCGCCGGCGCCCGGCCGCGCGCAGCGCAGCGCCCUCUCGGCGGCGUUGGCGAGAUGUUUUGCUUCCUGAAGGGAAUGGCCUUCGUCCCCUUCCUGCUGGUGACCUGGUCGUCUGCCGCCUUCAUCAUCUCCUAUGUGGUGGCCGUGCUGUCCGGGCACGUCAACCCCUUCCUCCCCUACAUCAGUGAUACAGGUACAACACCUCCGGAGAGUGGGAUUUUUGGAUUUAUGAUCAACUUCUCUGCAUUUCUUGGUGCAGCCACAAUGUACACAAGAUAUAAAAUAGUAGAGAAGCAAAAUCAAACCUGCUACUUCAGCACACCUGUUUUUAACUUGGUGUCGUUAGCCCUUGGAUUGGUGGGAUGUAUCGGAAUGGGCAUUGUAGCCAAUUUCCAGGAGUUAGCUGUUCCAGUGGUCCACGAUGGGGGUGCCCUUCUGGCUUUCGUCUGUGGUGUCAUCUACACACUCCUGCAAUCCAUCAUCUCUUACAAAUCGUGUCCCCAGUGGAACAGCCUCUGGACAUGCCAUGUACGGAUGGCCAUCUCGGCUGUUUCCUGCGCAGCUGUCGUCCCCAUGAUUGCCUGUGCCUCACUAAUUUCCAUAACUAAGCUGGAGUGGAAUCCAAAAGAAAAGGAUUAUGUAUAUCACGUGGUGAGUGCAAUCUGUGAGUGGAUGGUGGCCUUUGGUUUUAUUUUCUACUUCCUAACAUUCAUCCAAGAUUUCCAGAGUGUCACGCUAAAGAUAUCUACAGAAAUCAAUGGCGACGUUUGAAGAAAGAAGAGUGCUGUCUCCCUCAGUGAAUGUCACAGACAAGUUCUAGAAGUGGUGCAGACAGGCAGGGUUUUGAUGCCGCUCUGAGGGGAAGGCAGCUGUAGCACGUGUGGGACUCGCACGUCAUUAAGAAUUCCCAGUAGUUAUAUUAUUCCCAAAGGUACGUUUCCCUAGAGGGCACACAUGACACUGGAGCAAUGUUUUUAUACUUUUCUAAGUAGACACUUUUUUAUAUGAACAUAUUUGUAUACACAAAAGAUAAGAUGUUACAGAAAAUGGAGAGUUCUUAUUUUUGUACAGAUUUUACAGUUUUUUUUUUUGUUUGUGUGUGAGUGAUUUGUGAAACUACACUAAAUGAGCCUCAGUAAAGUCAAUUACUCAUUUUUAAAUUGCUUUUAUAGAGAAUGUACUGUAUAUUUUUAUCAUGAGAGCAUUUAUAAAAUUCAAUUUCUAGAGGUGAUACACCCAGUCAUACAGAUUUAGUUAAUGAGCUAACACUAAGCUACUCUGGUUUUUAGCUGAGCUAAGCAAAGUGCUUCUGUCGAUAUGCCUUAAUACCGCUCACUGUGCACAUCCACUCUCAGUGAGCACAGGAGACGGCGUCUUGAAAUUGUGCCUCUUCGUUUCUCCCUGCUCCCAGGGCUGCAGCUCUGACCCUGGAUGCGAGUUGGCAGUGUGUAGUGGAGGUGACUCCAGGUGAGAUGGAUUCAGGAAGGCAGACUAGAAAUUCUAAACCCAUCCUUCACUGUUACUGCUGUAACUUGACCCACUGUGGCCUGACUCAGAAGCUGCAGCUCACGGCUCCCGCUCAUUCCAUGCACAUGUUGAAGAGAACCUAGGUCCAGAGAGAGACAAGGAGAGAGAAGAGGGGCAGCCGGAGCUCAUGGGAGCAGGGUGCUAUUAAUUUGCUGCUCCACUGAGUGCCUGUGGCUGGAUGUCCCGCAGCACUGUGGGACGUGAGAGCUAGGCCCUUUGUGUUAAGCCCAACCUACAGGCUCUGCUUUGCACCCAAAUCACCAGUGAUAAAUGAAAAGCCAGUCAUUCCGGAGGAGGAAGUAGCCCUCAGAAUAUUGAGUGUAGGCUUGGAAAUCCAAGAGAAGGAACUCUCCUUAUCAAACACUCCCCCAGAUCACAAGCCUGUGGCUGGCCCAGUGGGAGCAUUCCUUCCAGGUUAAUGCCUAGGGUUCAACUGCCCACCUGGACGGCCUUGGAGGGUGUCUCGGGAGUCAGGAGCAUGGGGAAGUGCCUCACUAACUGCUGAAUGAGCAGAGGGGUGAGACUGGACAGUGGUCAGCCACCUCUGCAAUGACCCACUGCACCUCCCCUGAGCACUCGGCAGCAGCAACUGUUUCUGGGUCUGCUGUAACUUGUAACGCUGCGGCUCCCCAUUGUAACACUGGGACUGAAAGACAGGGACCAAAACUAUCAAGCAUUCAUGGGUCUGCGGAGGAAUGCCACGUGCCUUCUUCGUGGAAGCUACAGUGGAGUGAGUCUAUGGUUCUGUUUUGCUUUGAACAGGCUUCAGUUGUCAGCAUUAAAUGUAAUGGUCACAUUGCACUGCCUUCCAUUCCCAUAUUUCUCCAUGUCGUUAGACUGAGAGCUCCUUGAGGGCAGACUGAGUGCCUUAAUCUUUGUAACACCAGCAUUCAACACAGUGCCUGCCUGUGUCCCACAGGGACUUAAUAAAUAUCCAUUGAAUACAUGCAUGCAUAGAAGAAUAAACCUAUGAGGGAAGUGCCAGGGGAUUUGUAGUGCUACAUAGUGAGAUUGACCAUGGUUUACUAGCUUGAUGAUAAGCAGCCUGUGUCACCCAGUAAUGUUGACCAUUUUGCUUUGUGUACUGAACCUUUCAGUUGUUUGGGCCUCAUGAUUCUAUGACAACUCUCUUCAGCCUGGACAAGUUACCACAGAGAUUGUUACAUGGGCUAGACCGAAUGUUACACCUGACUUGGCAAACUGAGAAGGGCAAAAAUCACUCCAGACAGUCACAUUCUGCUGAUUCCAUGCAACUUCUAACGCUGGUCAAAAUCACAUUUUGGUAUUAUUUUUAGUUUCCAUGAAUUUGUAUUUCCUUGGACCUCAUGGAUGGAAGAGUAAAAUAAAGUGGAAUAUUUCUUUA